GUUAUAAGCUUUCCUUUCUCCUUCCAAGUUCGACUUCCCCCCUCAAUUUGCACCAGUACUACUAACUAGCAUUUGACAGUAGUAGUAGAAGUCGCAGUACGUAGCAGUGGUGCAACAGUUGUUCUAUAUCAUGUCAAAUCAGAAUUCAUCAAGAUCAUCUUCACCUUUCAAACCCACUACUGAUGAUGAGAUUCACGACCUUGUUUUGAAGCUACAAUCCUUGUUACCUAUCCUUAGUCGAACUCCCAACGUACCAGCUUCAACAAUUCUGGAUGAAACUUGCACUUACAUUAUGAGGCUGCGUAGAGAGGUGGAUAGCCUGAGUGGAAGACUUUCUCAGUUACUUGAUAGUGCAGAAAUCGACGAUGUUGAGCUUAUUAGAAGACUUCUUCAACAAUAAUAAACUCAUCACAAACCUUUCUCUCUCUCUCUCUCUCUCUAUAUAUAUAUAUAUAUAUAAUAAAUAUAGCUUCGCUUUUCCAGCUAUUGAGUAUGAAUGUCUCUACCAUGAAUCCUAAGAUCAGAGUUGAUUUGGUCACACAGGACUCCAAAACUAGUAGUAACAGAUCCAAUUUGAGUCUUAUUAAUUAGUAAUGACAAAUCUCUCUCUCUAUCUUACAUGUUUUUUUUUCA